AUGCUGGGUCUAGCACCACGUUUUGUGUGGCUCGGCAUCUUGUCCGUCGCAUCACAUCACCUCGUCUUCCGUCGCAUCGAGCUAUGGCCUUUUCAGCUUGCCUUGCUCACCUUUGUCCUCUUCAGCAUCGACGUUUGCCUUCGGGUACAUGUCGAAGGUAUUUCAGCCUUCCUGGACGCCCUCAAGCCUGCCUAUCUCGAUCUGACCGUGUACACCUUGGGAGUCUUGGCAAGCAUCGGUGCAUACCGUCUCCUGUUCCACCGACUUCGACACUGCCCAGGUCCCAAGUGGUGGGCCCUGUCCAAGUUCGCGUUCAUCUCCGUCGACAGGAAGGGUCUUCGCGCUAGAACGGUAGAAGCGGCGCAUCAGAAGUACGGAGAUGUGGUGAGGACGGGCCCUCGCGAACUCUCGAUCAAUGCGCCUUCCGCGAUUGUGCCCAUCAUGGGCGCGAAGAGCUCCUUUUGGCGUGGCCCGUGGUACGCAGCUUCGGCAGGCUCGAGGAGUCCCCACGUUCCGAGGAAUUUGCAUGCGCUACUGAACGAGUCGGACCACGCCGCUCGCCGCAAGGUCUGGGAAGUUGCCUUCUCUGCGAAGGCGCUCAAGAGCUAUGAGCCCAUCCUGAUUGAAGUCCUGGAAAUCAUGAUCGACCAGCUAGAAGGACGUGCGCGACGCAAAGAAACGAUCAACAUCGACGACUACUCCUCCUUCUACGCUUUCGACGUCAUGUCGCAGGCUGGCUUUGGUGCAGAUUUUGGCCUGCUCCACCACGGCCAGCUGACGCCCAUGAUUCAAGCAUUCCAAGCUUUAAUGACAUUCAUGCAGCUCGUUGGCAAUUUGCCUUACCUCGUCGAGAUCCUCGGACUGCUGCCCAACCCGAUGGCCGAGUUUGACAAGUACAUGAACCAGGUGGUCGUGGAGCGAAAGGCGCGCAAGGAGGCGAAGCCAGACAUUAUGGGACAACUCCUCCACGACGUCAGCGAGACUGCAACGAGCAGGACCAGCAAGCGCAAGGAUGCAGAGGCAGUAUCGGAUGCACGACUCAUUGUCGGCGCUGGAAGCGACACUUCCUCGACGACGUUGGGCAUUGCCACGUUCUUCCUGAUGGAAAGCCCCCAGAUCCUAGCUGACCUGCGUCAAGAGCUGCUGGACGUGUUCGGCGAUGACCCCUCCUUGCUCACCAACGUUGCUCGGAUGGACGAUAAGACGUGCCCCCUGCUCAAUGCCGUCAUCAACGAAUCGCUCCGAAUCUUCCCUCCCGUUCCUGGCGGCCUGCAGCGUGAGAGCCGUUCUCCUGCCAUCGUCGAAGUCAAUGGAAGCAAAAUCGUGAUCCCAGCUGACACGGUGGUCACGCUGCCCAUCUGGUCGAUCCAACGAGACGCCCGCAAUUUCUCGCCCGAGCCCCUCAAGUUCCGGCCCGAGCGGUGGCUCCGUCCAGACAAGGAAGUGCGGUUCAACAAGGCAGCCUUUAUCCCGUUUUCGCUCGGCAAGACUUGGUGCGUGGGAAAGGCACUGGCUUACAUGGAGCUGCGCCUCGUGCUCGCCAACCUGGUGAGGAGAUUCGAUUUCGUGCCCGCGGAUAAGUACGACGCGCAAAAGUUCCAGGAUGGACUGGUGGACGCGUUUGUCGUGCUGCGUAACCACAAGCUACCGGUCCACGUCCGCAUUCGUGAUCACGCCGGACCGUAA